AUGCGUGAAAAUGCUAAUUACUUAGUACUUUUUAAUUCUGGUAGCUCAUAUGAAGAUGUCUUUAAAAUUAUUCGUCGAUAUACAGAUGAUGUAAAAAAUGCAUCAAUGGUUAUUAACAGUUACUUAUGCAAAGGUGAAUUUAUUGUGUUUGAUUUAGAUAGGCCAGAAGAUGAUCCACUAGAAAUUUAUUUAAGAUUCGAUACUCUACUGGAUUUGCAGAAAGAAAUAGAGUUAC